CUCUACCACACACAAGGUUCCGACACUUGCAUUAAGGCACCGCGCCUGACACUCGCCAGGGCCAGCAUCAGCCCGCACAGCACGCCUGCCCGCGACUCGAAUUACACUUUGGCCCUUCCGCACGCCAUCCUGGCCACCGACCGGGCCUGCGCCGACGACGUCUCGCGAGCAGCGCUGCGACUGCCAGAGCACGCGUUCAGCGCAGCGGCUCUUUGACGGGCACCACCAACAUGGUAUGUGGCCAAUUUUUGUUGUUGCGACCAACGCGUCCGCUGGCGGCUGUCCGUGUCGACUCUCUCUGUCCUGCACUCGCCCCCAGCACCGCGCCAGCGUACUAGUUGCGCUGCUGCUCCCAUCCAUCGUUGCCUCUGCCUUAGCACACACCCAUCAUCCUUCGCAACGCCCACCGUCGUUCCCACAUCCACUCCCGCAGAAGAUCUGAGCAGCGCGAAUCCGCCACGCGCGCCCCUGCCCGAAACGGCCCAUCAUCCACGCGCUGCACGGCAUUGCACACACAGAACUGCACCACCGGCAGCCCAUCCAUGCGCGAAUGUCUGCUGUCGCACUCCCGCCACCACCUCCUCCGCUACACGGCCACCGCGCGAGCAGCAUGCAGUCGUUCGACAUGCGACAGCCGUCGCUGCUGAAUCAACCCAAUGCCGGCCAACAGGGUCUGCCACCUCCACAGCAGCAGCAGCAUCACCAGCAGCAGCAACAACAACAUCCGCAACAGCAGCAGCCGCUGCAGCACCCGCGAUCCGCCGGCCUCGUCCAGCAGCAGCAUCGCCCCAACUCGCCGCACCAGACGCACGGCCUGAACAAUCCGACGUCGCAAGGACCCUACAUCUCGCCCCACUCCUCCACUCACAGCCUACCCCAGCAGCACCAGUCUCCCUACAUCGGAUCGGUGCCAGGAAUCCCAUCGCAGCACCCGGGUGAGGCCCCGUUCUUCGGUGCUCAUCCUAGUCCGUACAGCACAAACAGUGCCGCAGGUAGCUACGCUUCGUCAGAACCGAACGAAACCAUGGCCACGCAGGCGGCGAUCAGCCGUCAGUCCUACCCGCCAAUCUCUAGCUACCAGACUCCGCAGUCGAACUCACCGGCCUCCAUCCAUUCACCACAGACUGACGCGCAUGGUCGACCGUUGUAUGGCAUACCCUCCAUGCCUCAGCAAAUGUACUAUCCUCAGUACCAGAUGCAGCAGCAGUCGCCGUAUGGCCAACAUCCGGCUGCUGCUGCAUCGCACCACUCGUCCAUGACCUCCGCGCCGGGCAUGCUGAUGUCACAUCAGCAGCCCCAGCAGCAGAUGCAGCAGCCGCAAGCCACGCCCGGUCACGCGCAGUCCAACAUGCUCGAUCAAAAACCCUCACAGUCUGCGCUGCAGCGUCCGCCUUCAGCUCUCGCUCCUCCUCAACCGACGGCUCAGACACCUUCAGGUCCAGCACCAGGGCCAAUCCCAGCAACGACUCCACUGGUUGUGCGACAAGACAACAAUGGAGUGCAGUGGAUCGCUUUCGAAUACUCGCGCGACCGCGUGAAGAUGGAAUAUACGAUCCGCUGCGACGUCGAAUCUGUCAACGUCGACGAGCUGAGCCCCGAAUUCAAGUCCGCUAACUGCGUGUACCCUCGCGCGUGCUGCGGCAAAGAUCAAUACAAGGGCAAUCGAUUGCACUACGAAAGCGAGUGUAACGCGGUUGGUUGGGCGCUCGCUCAACUCAACCCGAACCUGCGCGAAAAGCGCGGUCUCAUCCAGCGCGCCGUCGACAGUUGGCGGAACAGCAACCAGGACGUGAGGUUACGGAGUCGAAGAGUGCGCCGCAUGGCCAAAAUUCAAAAUAGGAACGCAGCAAAAGCAACGCCUGGUGUUGCUGGUCCGUAUCCGCAAGGCCCUGGUAGCGCUGGGCUACCUCCACAGGGCAUGGCUCCUGGUUCAGCGCGUCCACCCAACAUGGGUCCUGGUGGGCCUCAGAUGCACCACCACCACACCGACGGUAGUGAUACCGGUGGUGGGAACGACGUCAGCGCCGGAAAUGAAUACAAUAGCGCAGCCGGGCAUCCUAACCAGUCGAGCAAUGGACAAAGCGAUCUAGCAUCGCCUACCACGGGACGGUACGCCAACAACUUCUAUCCCUCGUACCCUCAGCAGCCAGGAGUCGGAGGCUCGUCCAUGCCCUCGGUUCACGACGCCAUGGAUCCCAUGCACGGCCAAGCAUCCACACUCGCUACACCCGCACGUGCAGAGUCACUCAAGAGAGAGGACGAAGAACAUAAGCGCAACCUCUUCGGCGACGUACCCGAGUCCAAACGUCGCAAGUUCAUCCUCGUCGACGACAAUCAACGCGGCACUCGAGUGCGGGUUCGCGUCAUGCUCGACCAAGUCAAGAUGGACGACAUGCCUGACGCACAUCUGAGGAUCAACGCAGUGUACCCACGUUCAUACUUUCCCCGCCAGAUGAGGUCGCCGCCCGGAUCACCUGGCGCACGUGGCAACUGGGAUGAUGAAGAUGAUACCGUCGAAGAGGAAGGACAGCCUAUGCCACCACAAGGCAGGACGCUGGUGCCAGUCUCGCUGCUGGACGGUAGCGAAGCUAAACUACCAGUCCCACGCAUGACCAAGUCGAGGAGGAACAAGGAGGUCGCCUUGAACGAACUCGGCUAUCGAAUGAGCUGGGGCCAGGCGCGAACGUUUAACGGCCGCACCCUAUUCUUGCAGAGAUCUCUCGAUGCAUACCGUAAUAAGAUGCGAAGCACGAUGAUUGCUGGAGGGAGCGAUGCUGCCACCAUUGCACCUCACUUUGAGACUCGACCUGGAAAGCGCAAGUGGUUGGAGCGCAACAAGAGAGCCCGGCGAGCGGACUCUGUUUCCUAAACCUAUUGGGACCCCUGCACAUGGAUUUGACACUUGACACUGUAUGCAGCGGCGCGACCUUACGAAUGGACGCUCCCACGAGCAUACUUGUUUGCACGAAUAGAUUGUUCAAGGAGAAGCGAAGGCGUUGUUUGGGAUUCGAACGGCAGCAGUACACGAUAGCUGUCUUGCGGGCGAAUGGGCGGUAACGACUGAUGACCGACAACGGUUCUUGGUCUGGCGCAUGGCGGUACACAUUGGCGAGCACGAACUCACGCAUUCUCGUAAUGUACAAAACGCGCUCUCCUUUUAUUGCAUGGCUGUUCUGUCGAUGGGAGUUAUACAGAUGGGCGCAUUGCGUCAUGUUUAUUAUGGGAGUCCUUGUCGCUGUCUUGUGCUUUUGCUUGGAGGCUUCCUUCGCACUUCGCACGUAGGCGGUAUAGACGGACGGAAACCUUCGAUUGGGUCUAAUGUAUUCACACAUAAAAGCGAAUGA